CUUCGAGAGAGUCUUAACGGAUACAUAUAUAUCGCGUUCGCCGAAUUGUUUUCUUUGGAUACCAUAUUGGAUAAAAGUGCGGACGAACAAAAUUACAAGACGAUGUAUACUGACGGUCUCCUAACACUCCAUUAUGGGAAGCAUCCAGCGACCUUGGCCGCGGAGGUCGGAGCCUGGUACUCCGGGGACCGUCACGUGGACGUGACGUUGGCUUGCGACGACGGGUCCGUCGUAAAGGCCCACCGCGUAGUUUUAGCAGCAGCUAGUCCUCUAUUGGCUGGUCUACUCCGUAACCCGGCCUUGGACCAUGUGGUACACUUGUCCGGGGUUCGGAAAACCCAGCUGACUCAUCUGCUGGAAUUUCUCUAUAACGGAGAAGCCCUUAUACCGUCGACGGAACUCACACCGUUAAGGGAACUAUUCGAACUCCUUCAAAUCAAGUCAGAGUUAUUCGAGCCGAAUCAACCACAGACCUCAAGCAACUCCGACCCCGAAAGGAUACCCACACCUCAGCCCUCCGAAGGCCAAGAGAGCUCGAGCUACGAGUCCCAGUACGACGGCAGGCAAUCGAACAAUCCCGCGGACUGUUGCUCGGUGCUGAUAAAAACCGAGGGCUGCGAGGAGGAACCGGAAGUCGACGUGGAAGGGAUCGAGGGGGAAGCGUUGCUCACGGAGAACAGGGAGGGCAGUAUAGAACCGCCACGAAGGAGGGACAGCUCUGAUCCUGUGAACCUCAGUUUAAAUUCCGGGACAUCCACUACCAGCGAAAGCUCGCACGACAUCGUGCCUAGCAGGCCGGAAAAACAAUUACUGGAAAGGCGAGAAUCUCUGGAGGAGGCGGAAGAAAGAAGAAGACAAUUAGCGGCUCGGCUCGCGUUAGGAUUAGAACCGGGAAAACGGAAACCAGAGGAAAUACCUAUCCCACCUGCGGAGGCGUACGUUGUCACGCCCCAUCGGAAACGAAGGCCGGGCUUUCACAAUGCACCAGCUCAGAAUCCGGCUUUUGUACCAUUUAAUCCUGGAUUCGAGACGCCGAGGCGGUUGCAAGCGCCACAUCCUCUCAGCGUUUCGGCACCACCGUACCUGCAGGACAGGUCAGUGACACCACCAGGAGCAUCGCAUCGUCCACCGAGCGCGGAUCCGGCGUCGGCGGCGGGCCUCGAACCACCAUGGGGUUCGUGGGCGCUGCCCCCCGCGAGGGCGCCACCCCCACCACCGACGGACGACCCGCCGAAAUCUACCCCUGUGCGCGAGUAUCGGUGUAGUUAUUGUGGCAAACAGUUCGGGAUGUCCUGGAACCUGAAGACACAUCUGCGAGUGCACACUGGUGAAAAACCGUUCGCGUGUAGACUAUGCGUGGCUAUGUUCAAGCAGAAAGCCCAUCUGCUGAAGCACCUUUGUUCGGUCCACAGAGGCGUGAUAGCGGCGCCCGACAACACGUUCACCUGUUGUUUCUGUUCGUUGAGCUUCGACAGCCUCCAAGAGCUGAUCAGGCAUCUAUCGGGGCCGCAUAAUAAUCUGCUGCUCAGCAAGAAUCUGCACGACUAG